AAAGUUUUGCAUACAAAUAUAUAGGGAAAAUCUUUAAAUAUGAGCCAAGGUGACUCAGUCACUCAGGUGAGCGAUGUGGCCCUUAAUUGGGUCUCUUGUUUAAAUAUUGCUAUAUGGCCUGGGAUCAUUAGAAUUUUUUGAGAAAUAUGUGAGUAUACUAAAAAAAAAGAAAAAAAAAGAAAACAACAACAAAAAAAACAACAAACAAACAAAAUAAAAACCCCGAUCAAAUCAAUCACCAUUGGUCGACAGUAAGUCAUUCAUUGACUAUAUCCUGACUUAGUUCUGUACACUGGGAGUCCGCAGGAAUCGUGCACACAUUGUGUAACCUCAGGUGGAGAGGCGUGAAUGUGGGAAUAGACUCAGUGUAACACGCUCGUAAACAGCGGGGGUCCUCUACUCUAACUUUAAAAUAAAAAUAAAUAAAUACUCAUACUGUUAUGUAGAACUACAAGGAAUAAAUGUCGUAGAAGCUGUUUGAACUAUGGGAUAUACAAUAAACACAGCAGGUAAUCUGCAUGCAGAAAUUCACCCCGUCAAUAAUCACAACUUUUUAUUCUAUAUAUUUUUAUUUUGUUGUUAUACAUAGGUCAGAACUUUCAUCUAGAAAUAAAUCACAAUUGCAAAAACGAGAGAGAGAGAGAGAGAGAGAGAGAGAGAGAAGAGCGAUCGAUGCGCAAAAACUGCAUGCAGAUCGUGCACAAUCGGUUAAGGGACGAUUUGAAAAGCGAGUUCUAAACAUCUGUGUCGGCAUAACCUAGAUUUACAAAUCCCGAGUGUUGUCGACUCCCCACCCGGCGACUGUCGGCCCAAGCGAUGUGUGUCGUAGUGUAAACGAGCAACUGCAGACCGCACCUGCAAUGUCUAACAUUGUGUGAAAUAUUUAAUCAUGGAUUCUCUGUUGCAGCUGUGUGUUUGUAUUCUGUUGUCUGGGACCUUCUCUUACAUGACGGUUCCAAGUAAUGAGGUAAUACAGAACAUCCCCAAAGUGAUUGUAGUUAGGAAGAAUUCAGCACUUGUGUUGAACUGCACAGACCCCUCCCUGUCCUGGAUUACGGACUCUAACGUCAACUAUACUUGGUUCAAGGACGGUCAAGCCCUGACCCUGAACCGUCGAAGGAUUACAGUAAAACAAAAUGGGUCGUUAUACUUUCAAAGUGUUAAGAAGAAGAAAAGAAAACAAAUAAACGAUGAGGGACAAUAUGAGUGUCACGUUACUUUGUCAGCAGGGACCGUGAUAGCCAGGAGAGUGUGGAUUCAGAUCGCUAGAAUUUCCAAAACAUUCAUCAAAAACCCCAAGAACCAAACAACGGUGCCAGGAGGUGUGAGUAGAUUUGAGUGCCAAGUGAAAGCUACAGCGUAUCAAGUCAGGUACAUUUGGAACAAAGAUGGAAAGCAGCUUCAGGCAAAUGACAGAUUCACUGAACUGCCCAUGGGAGUCCUGCAGAUACACAAUGUACAGCAGUCAGACAAGGGAGUGUACUCCUGUUCUGCCCUAAACACUUUUUCCAACUUGCAAGGAGCCAUGCCAUUUUCAAUGUUACUACAUAGCAAGGAGGCAGUUCUUAAUGUCCUCAAUUCAUCAUCAGUCAGCCAAGCUCGUGCUCCAAGAGUUACUGCUGCGAGUGCCAUAGUAAAUGCAACUCUAGGUGACUCAGUCACCAUGGAAUGUCAAGCAGAUGGCAAUCCAGAACCCCAUGUAGUGUGGCAGAAAUUCGUAAACCUAGAAGAUGAGUCAAGAUGGGAACCAAUUGAGGACAGACCUCGAGUCCGGCGAGUUGGAGUGAGUAAUCUCAAGAUUACAAAGGUCAUGGACACUGAUGGGGGACUGUACAGAUGUGUGGCCUCAGGUCCAGGCUUCGCAAACAGCAAUGCAGAAGUCACACUCAAUAUCAACUAUCCCCCGACACUGGUGACUAUUCCUGAUAGUGGCGAUCACACUGUGGCCAAGAGAUUCCGGUUACACUGCAGUGCUCAGGGUCAGCCCAUUCCCACCAUCACAUGGUUUCAUAAUGGACAGAGACUUCAGGAGGAUGCUGGACACAUCAUGUUUAAGAAUAAUAACAAGCAGUUAGUUUUGGAGAGCAGAAUAUCAGACUCUGGAUUUUACCAGUGUAUUGGUGAAAAUUCUUAUGGAUCAGAAACAGGCACAGCCAGAAUCCACAUCACUCUCGGCGAGAAUGCCCCGCAUCCUCCACGUAAAGCAAAGGCUACGCCUGUUUCUGACUCCCAGAUAAACCUGUCCUGGCUGCCUUCCGUCUGCUGUGAUGUGUUUGUCUACACCGUUCACUACAGCUGGGUAAUCCCCGACACCAAAGUGAAGCAGUCCAAACAGUUGGUGGAACAAAGUAACCAGUGUGAGAUACGGCAGCUGUUACCAUAUACCACAUACCAUUUCUAUGUUCGGGCAUACAACAAAAAUGGCUCCAGUGAAAAAUCCAAAGAAGUGACAGCGACCACCCUACAGUCAGUACCCAGUGCAGCACCUAGAAUCCAGACCUCCAGUUUAAGUGUGGGGUCUAUCACAUUAUCCUGGUCCCCAUUGUUGAAGUCUGAAAAAAGAGGAGAGAUCACGAGAUACAGAAUUUACAGUCAGCUACAGGAGGAAGACUCGGAGCAGGUGGAGGAGAUCCACAACGACACACUUCUGUACACCAUCAAAGGUCUCUUGCCUGACAAGAUGUACAAGGUCAGGGUAUUGGCUGGAACAAAGGUGGGCUAUCCUGUGCUAACAGAUGACAAAUGGCCGUGGGUUUUCCAGAGAACAUUGUCCAAGAACAGCACUACAGCAGUGAUUCUGGUUCCCCAACUAGAAGUGGUGCCACUCAACAAAUCGGCAGUCCAAGUGUCCUGGCAGAUUGCCAACUCUUCAUUUAAGGCCAGUGGAUAUGAGCUACACAUUGUCCGAAAGAUAGGGACCACCCAGAGAAGACACCUGCAACUUCCCAAAGAAUCCAACAGCACAGUCAUCAACCAUCUAGAGAAUAGGAUUUACUAUGAGGCAAUGCUGGAGGUGUUGGGUGAGAAUGAGACCCUUGGUAGGGCCGUGCAUCUGUUCCAGGUCCGCAGUCCUGAUCAGAAUCCAGAACCACCCCCUCCCAUGGACGUCUGGGUGGUCGCCAAAUCUCCUCAUACUGUGUCCCUGAACUGGACUAAGCCUGACUGGGAGGAGGGCAUCCGCUACUACACCGUGUGCUACCACAGGAGCAACGACGAUCGAAAGAUCAUGUAUGAGAGGAGUGAUACCCAGAACCACACCCUCCAGGACCUUUCUCCAUACACAAUGUAUACCAUUUCUGUCCGCUCCCACUCACCACAGACCACCGGGCCAUUCAGUACCACCCAGUUCAUCACAACACUGGAGGAUGUCCCCAGUUCCCCAGAGGAUGUCACCCUGUACGCUAUAAGUGAGGACGAGGUUAAACUGAUGUGGAACCCUCCCACCAAGAGGAACGGCAUCAUCAUGUUCUACAUUAUACAGUACCACCCUCAUCAGAAUGACCCUGACUUUCUCUGGAGCUCCAUGCACAGUAAUGGCACAAAGACACAAGCUGUACUAAGGGAUUUGACUGGUACUGUGUACUACUUCAAAUUAAGUGCUUGUACUACAGCUGGUCAAGGACCCCCCUCUAAUGUGGUGAAGGUGGUGCUCAGUCCCUGUGUCACGCCCUGUGAAGAUCGCAACUCAACUCCUCCUGUCUCUACCUUGACUGGGGGAUCUGAUGAUUUUCUGAGUGACCAGAGACUUGGGAUAGUGAUUGGCUGUGCCAUUGGACUGACCAGUAUCAUCAUCUGCAUCAUGGUCAUUGUUCUUAGACAAAGACAUUAUGCCAACCUUUACACUACAAGGACAGCCACCAAUCCAAGUCUUGGGUACCGCUACCAAAAGCAAGGCUACCAGGUGUCAGAACGUCGCAGACUUAUGCAGAUGGAAGGACAAAACAAAGAUUCUGGUUCAGUUGGUGUUUUUAUGUCUGGUAAUGGGGAAAUCCUAGCCAUGUCUUCUAAAAACAAAGAUGCAGACAAACUCGCAGCAGAAUCCGAGCAGGAGGCUGGAGAAAAUGCCUGUCUGAUGUGGCACCAGCGAUGUUUGCAUCAUGCUGACGGAGAUGGAAAUAAGUCUUUAUCCAAUGACAGUGGAGCCAGCCUAUCAUGUGACAUAAGGGGUGUAUCUCCUGAAUCUUCCAGUGAGCGACAUGCUGAUAGCACAUGGGGCUCCAUGUGGGGUAACCCUCUAUCGGGAGAGAACUCCGGUGCUGUGUCUAAUGUGUUACUUUGUCAAGAUAGCAAUCUUGUCAUUGCCAGUGGAGACAAGCUGGAUAAUGUGUGUAGAAGUGAUGAACUACUGAAGAAAAUGUUACAUGCUACAUCAGUGAAUCUGCAGUCACCAAACAGGGACAUAUCAUGUAAGGUCUACACACCAAAUCAUCACAGAGCAGAAGAGUUCUAUCCACCAAACCAGGAGGCCCCUCGUGAUCCCUGCACACCAAAUCAAGUGUCAUCAACAGAGCUGUGCACAGAAAACCAUGACACACCAAAUCAAGUGUCAUCAACAGAGCUGUGCACAGAAAACCAUGACACACCAAAUCAAGUGUCAUCAACAGAGCUGUGCACAGAAAACCAUGACACACCAAAUCAGGUGUCAUCAACAGAGCUGUGCACAGAAAACCAUGACACAUUAAAACAAGACACAUCAGAUAAUGCCUCUUAGUUACAAUCUGUUAAAUUUGUGUCACAACCUAGAACAUAGUGACAUCUUUAAUUAAACUUGGCUGUACAAAGCUAACUCUGCCAAACAUGCAGGACUUAACAUGUAUAUAAUAUACACCACAGGGUUAGUAAUCAGGGCCCCAUUGCAUGAAGUUUAACUGACAGUUAACGUCUAGUUAACGCUAUAUAAAUGUAAGAGUUAAUGGGAAGUUAACUAUUAAAGUUAACUAACUGCCAUGGAACUUGUAUAGCAACAAUUAUUAGUCAUCCACUUUUGAUAAAUGAACUCAAUCAUUUUCAAAAAAAUUAGAUUUUUACCAUUUAAAUGUAGUAAAUUCAGUUUUUCAAGAUGGUAUAAGUUUGACUAAAGAUAUUUUUAAUUUUGCCCACUGAAACUUUUAAAGAUUUCAUUGGUUUUAUAGCCAAGGGUGAAAAGUCUAUUUCGACCAAUAUUUAGAAAACAACGUAUCUACCUAAUGAACAUUAAAUACCUCGCUCUGUGUCAGGUAUAAACAAUACCUCCAAUUAUUUGUGCCGAAGCCACAGACCAGGAAAGUCUUUGGUUCAGGAAUCCAGUAUUUUUGUGGUAGCUGCUAAAGUUAUAUUGUUGUGAACUGAGGUCGAGGCCACUGGUUCUGUCGGACCAAAUGUUCCCAUGAUAGUGUAUAAUAUAUACCUCAUGUCUUAUUAUGUAGUUUGUAGAAAGGCAUUAUCUGAGGUAUUCCAUUUUCAACAGAAAAUCUACUGCUUCUGAUGUAUUUUUUAUUAUUAUUGUCUUUGUUUUUUCUGCUCAGUAUUCCUCAGUAACAGCUGAUCAGUUUCUCGGAGUUUAGCAGUGUAAUAUCCCACAUUACUUUUCACUUAAUUUUACUUCUGGUUUUGAGCUAUAAUUGUUCACAUUUACUGUUAAAAAUGGCAAAAAAUGAAAAGCUGAUUUUUCUCAGGGAUGAUUGAUUUAAAGAAUUAUAAUUCAAAUAUACUGGAAUUCCACCACAAGGGUUGAAAAAUGAACUUUUGUAGUUAUUCCAAUUUUUUGUCCGUAAUGUUAGUUAGAGCUAUAUUAUUGACUGUGGAUAUCAGCUUUGGGUAGCUCAGUGGUUAGAUACCUCGGGACGGGUUCAAUUCCCAGUCCAACCAUAAAUUUUCUUUCUUCAUACAUUGUAUAAUAUAUACAGUAGUAUGCUGUUCAUUAUGCUGAAGAACAAAUCACAUUAGUAUCUAUAGAGAAAUUGGCCAAAUCAUCUAGAAAUUUGUAUAGAAUAAGCCGAUUAAAGUAUGAGGCCCUUUUUUCCUUUAAAUUCUUUGUUGACAAAAAUUUUUCAAACGCAUGUUUAACAAAUAAAGGAACAAGACAAAAAUUAUCAUAAAAUAUUUCACAUCUUAAAAUAGCAACUUUGUUUUAUAUAUAUCCUACUUGCUAUACCUUCGUGAACUUUUACAGCUCAGAUGCAGAUCUUAGUUACCUGGUAAAGAAGUAGAAAGACUUCUGUCCUAACACAUUGUCAAUAGUAGAAUUAGCAGUCUUUAAGUCUAAAUACAGCAUUAAUUUGAAUCAUAGUAAUAAGGGUGAGUACCUGUUGUGACACAGGACCUCGGUUUUUAAGGGUGUAUUCACUUCUAAUGCCAGGCACUCUAUGAAUGAAAAAUCACUACCUAUGUUUUAAAGGUCUUCGAUUUAACAUGGCAGCAGGAUCAGGAUAAAAAAUUGAACCACAGCCUGACUUUAAAAAGUGAAUGCUGUACCCACUAGGCUGUGUAUGUACUAAGAUAAGGUAGUCAUCGCACAAACUCCUGGGUGGUUAGAUUAGUUAGAGAUAAUAUUUCAGUAUUCACCACUGAACUCUACACAAACUGCAGUCUGCUGACUCGUCAUUCUGUAAACCAAGCUACAAUUUUAACAUAUGAAAAUUAAUGCUAUAUCCACUGUAGCGGUCAAGCAUUAAAACUAAUGCCUUUCAGAUGUUGCUAUGGAGUUUAAUUUACAAAUGAUACCUCACAGUUACAGGAAGUGUUUGUACAGUCGAUUUAAAGUCAUUGACAAGAACUGGAGUUUUGCGAAAUGACAUCAGUUUCAUAUUGUAGGUAUGACUAUAGUGAGAUCAAUAGUCACAACUUCUCAAACACAAACUACUUUCCAUUGUAAAGGAAAAUCAGUUAUCUUAUCCAUGCGAUUGAAAAUGUGAAAUAAUUGUGAAUGGAGGAAAGUAUAAUUGUGAACAUUACACCAAACAAUAUUAUUUGUCAAUGUCUUGUUCUAAGUCACCAGAGUCAAUCAAGUGAUUUUAGAUCUUCAUCUGUCAUUGUUCAUUAACAAUUGAACAUUUUUAACUUCUUGUUGAUAACUACCCUUCCAAUUCUUUGCAAAUUUGGUAUGAAGCAUCUUUGGGAAAAAGGGGGCUUAAAUUGUAAAUUUCAGGACUCCUGCACCCUCGAGGUGGGGCAAAAAGUGCCAAAUAUUGACCGAUUUUCAAAAAUCUUCUCUACAACCACACAUCUGUAAGAAAAGGUAAAUGCAUAAUCAUGUAGAGCUGGAAAUGUAAAUUUCAUGAUCCACGGGGUAGAGAUUCUAACUCCAGUUCGGGUCUUAGCAUAUAGUGUACAUGUGUUUAACAUUCUUUAAUGCUAAAUAGAUAUUUAGAAGAAGCAGGUAGUCCUUUACCAAAAUUGUAAAUUUCAUAAUCCCAGAGGUAGUGGUUCUGACUCCAGUCCAGGACCAAAUUUUAAAUGAAAUUGUCUUUAGUGCUAUAGAUACUAAAUUCAGACUAAAUAGGUGUUUAGAAGAAACAUGCAGGUAGCCCUUUACCAAAAUUGUGUAUUUGAUAAUCCCAGGGUUUUGGUCCAAGGGUGGGGCAAAAAUUUUCACUGUGAUUAUUGUCUACUUUUGCUGAUAUGGUACAAAAACUAAAUGAAUAUCUAGGAAAAGCAGAAAAGGAUGUACCAAAAUGGUGGAUUUCACAACCCCAGGGUUAUGACGCCAAGGCGGGUCCAAAAUAGUACGUCAUGUAGUGUUGAUGUCAAUAUAUUUAUACCCCAAGCAAUGAGCUGUAUAUAGUAUUGAUAUCCCAGACAAUGAAUUGUUUUUUGUGUCCUGUUCUGUUCUUGCUCCUAUGAAUCUGCUGAAGAGAAUUUCAUGUACCUUUGUGUUUAGUAUGGACUCUGUAGAUGUAGAGGUAAAGAAAACAAACAUUGAUCAAUCCCAUAACUCCAAUAAGGAAUACAAAAUUAAUAGAGGGCAAACACGGACACCAGGGGUGGAAUCAGGUGCCUAGGAGGAGUAUCCCCUGUUGACUGGUCACACCCACCGUGAGCCCUAUACAUUCACAGGAAAUUCUUAUUUGAUUUUUCCUGGAAGUUAUGCUCCUAUUGAGGUAUGUUUAGUACUCCUCUGAAACCAUUGAACAGAAUUUCAUAUAGACAUGCUGUGUAGAUUUGAUUUUUCUCCUAGGAGUCAUGCCCCUUUUAAUCAUAAAAGUUUGGCCAAAAUAUACUGUUUGGUGCAACUUGCCUGAAAUUGGUUUUCAAACCAAAGGCAAUUAAAAUAUUUCUGGUUGAUUGUUUGACACAAUUUACAUUUCUGAACAAUAGGACGUAUGACUUGAGUACUUACGCUUGAAAAUAGUACAGUAUAGCACAGAGGAAUAAGAAUUUGUUGUACUUUAUGCAUAUACCAAUGCCAUUCAUUUUAUGUAUAGCAUUGUUAUUCAUUGUGGGGGUGUGGGUUAUAUGAGCUUGCUCACUUUUUAUUUUCUUUAUUAUAUAAAGUCUUUCAGUAUAGUUACUUUGGGGGGCAUUUAUGUUUUAAAUAUAUCUUGGUUUUAUACUGCUGCUGAAUAUUAUUAUCUCAACUGAGCCUUAUAGGCUCAAGUAAGCUUUUCUGAUCGAAAUUUGUCUGUUGGCAUCGGCUUAAACUUUUCACCUUUUCCAGAACCACUGGGUCAAUUUCAACCGAAGUUGGCACAAAGCAUCCUUGGGUGAAUCAGAUUCAAGUUUGUUCAAAUGAAGGGCCAUACCCUGUUCAAAGGGGAUAUAAUUACAAAAAUAGGGUAGGAUCCGAUCAUUCAAAAUUUUUCUCCAGAACCUCUGGGCCAGAAAAGCUGAAAUUUACAUGAAAGCUUGCUGAUAUAUAGUGGAAAAAUCAUGACCCCGUGGGUCACAACAGGGAAUCAAAGUUAUGCAUGAGAAUAUAUAAGGAAAUUUUUUUAAAAUAUCCUUUUCAAGAACCAUUUGGCUAUAAGAGUGGAGAUUUAAGUGAAAGCUUCCUUAUAUAUAGCAGAUUCAAAAAUGGCCCAUGAAGGUAGGGUGGGGCCACAUUAGUGGAAGCUAAUAUAUAGGAAAAUCUUCUCCAGAACCAUUGGGCCAAUUUCAAUCAAACUUGAUACAAAUCAUUUUUAGGUGAAGGGGAUUCAAGUUUGUUCAAAUGAAGGGCCAUCCCCUUCAAAGGGGAGAUAAUCACCAAACAAAUGCAAAAAUAGAGUGGGGUCAUUUAAAAAGAUCUUCUUAAGAACCACUGGGCCAAAAAAGCUGAAAUUUACAUGGAAGCUUCCUGACAAAAAGGAGAUUCAAGUUUGUAAAAAUUAUGACCCCUGGGUUAGGGUGGGGCCACAAUAAGGGAUUAAAGUUUUACAUGCAAAUGUAUAGGAAACCAAACAUGGCAUAAAGAAUCCUUAAAUGAAAUUUUUUAAUAUGAAGGGUCAUACCCAUCUAAAAGGGCAUAUGAUAAUUUUAAAUGAAUUUGUAGUCAAGUUUCAUAAUUAGGUUUGAUAAUUAAUGUAUUUUUAGUCGUUACUCUUGGAAGUUUUUUCUGAACCAAGCUGCUUGUAUAAUGAUAGUUUUGCUCAAGCUUGUUUAUUGCUAGGAACUGCUGCUCAGGUGAGAGAUGGGCCUCGUGUUAGAAUUUGGCUUAGAUAUCAGAACAAGGAAAAUAAUAUAGAUUUCAUAGCCCUUGGGACUAGUGAUACUUUUAACUAAUACUCAGGUGACCGAUCAGGCUCAUGGGCCUUUUGUUUAAAAAAACAAUACAAUUCUGCUCUCAAAGACAAUUUGAUCAGACAACUAACUCAAAAUUACUUUUUGUAUUACCGGAUAUUAAUUAAGCCAGUAGAAAACCUGUUUUUAAAAAGCCAGGAAGUAUGUUUAAUGUGGAUUUUAUAUUGAGAAAACCAAAUUUGGUCAAAGAUGAAAUGUUUUGGGAAUAUUGAUACAAAAAAAAUCACAAUUUGGCAUUGCCCAAGAUAUCAAUCAAUAAUUUUGUUUGGUCUUAUGUAUACUUAAUUUUAUGCAAAUAUAACUUGUACGUAUGUUGGCAACCUUGCAUUAAGAAUUAUACACAUUUGAAAGCGACAUUUUGAUGUGAAAUUUUGUUGUCUUGUAAAACUGUAGCCAAUCGUAUGAAUAUAUACAUAAAAAAUGAAAC